CUCACGGUCUCGACUCCCAGUCCGUAGGCAACCGUCCACCUCUUCACUGGGACCAUCGCAUCACUUGUUACAGAUACCGGACUUACAGGACUUUCCUUCAGCCAUGGUUCGGGUUCCUCCGCCCGUGUUUGUGUUGUUACUGUUUGCGGCUGUUGCUGUGGUGAAGGCCAACUCUGGAGACAAGCUGGUAAGAAAAAGAAGAGAAUGGAUCAUCCCUCCAAGGUCACUUACAGAGCAUAAAGACUACACUCAGGAGACAUAUAUUGCUAAGAUUCGAUCAGAUUAUGAGGUUCAUGAUGAUAUAGAGUACUCUCUAGAGGGCGUUGGUGCAAGCCAGGAUCCCUACAAUGUGUUUGUGGUUGACCCUAAAACUGGACUAAUUCGUGUGACCAAAGUGCUUGACAGGGAGGUCAUCGCUAUGUACAAUCUGUCCGGUAUUGCUAGGUAUAAAGAUGGUACAGAAGCAGAGAAAAGAAUUGACAUACGAAUCAAGGUUGAAGACAUAAACGACAACUCUCCAGUGUUUCCAAACAUAGAGCCUGGGAAGGUGCAUGAACUCAGUCCUGCAGGGACUUCAGUUAUGAAAGUAACUGCAACUGAUGCUGAUGAACCAGGGAAUAAAAACUCCAUGAUCAGCUAUUCUAUCAUACAGCAGGAGCCAUCUCAUGACAUGUUUUACAUUUCCAGCGAUGGGAGCAUCUACGUCAGCAAGCCGACACUGGACAGAGAGAAAGCAGAUCACUACGUUCUGACAGUGAAAGGUCGAGAUUUAAAUGGCAGUCCAGAGGGAAACACUGGAACGGGCACUGUUACCAUUAAGGUCCUGGAUGUGAAUGACAACCUUCCUACUCUGGAAAAAGAAGCGUAUGAGGGCAGCAUUGAUGAGAAUACACAAGGUGUGGAGGUGAUGAGACUCAAAGCAGAAGACCUGGACCUGGAGGGAACAGACAACUGGGAAGCUGUGUUUGACAUUGUCAAAGGCAAUGAGGCGGGAUACUUCAGCAUUAAAACAGACCCCAAGACCAAUGAGGGCAUCCUAAUGCUUGACAAGGCUGUAAAUUAUGAGGACGUGAAGGACCUUGACCUAGGAAUAUCUGUUAGAAACAAGGCUCCACCAUAUGGAGUUCCCUCUCCUGCGACUGGUGCAAGUGGUGGUGGGUCAUGGCAAAGUGGGACGACAUUUAAAACCUAUCCAGUCAAAAUCAAUGUAAAGAAUCAGCCUGAGGGGCCAGCCUUUGACCCCAAAGUUAAAACUAUUCCCAUCUCAGAGGGAGGCAAUUCCAUCAACAUUAAUGAUGUUAUUGCCCGCUACCCUGCACUAGAUGGAGACACUGGGAAACCAGCUGAGAAUGUCAGGUAUGCCAAGGGCUCAGACCCUGACAACUGGCUAACCAUCGACCCAAAGACAGCUGAGAUCAAACUGAACAAGAUGCCUGAUAGAGAAUCUAAAUUUCUGGUCAAUGGGACAUAUUUUGCUAAAGUCCUAUGCAUUACAGAAGACCAGCCUGCUAAAACGGCCACCGGCACCAUAGCAGUCCAGGUGGAAGAUUUUAAUGACCACUGCCCCACCCUGACCAGCAACAUCCAGACUAUGUGUACCACGGAUAAUUCUGUUAUUGUGAAUGCUAAAGAUGAAGAUGUUUUCCCUAACGGACCUCCUUUUGACUUUGCCAUAAUAUCAGAGGGCAAAUGGCAAGUGGAGCAUCUCAAUGACACUGCAGCUAUCCUGAGGGCCCAGGAAUCCAUGUGGCCUGGUGUCUAUGAGGUAGAAUUUGUGGUCAAGGAUCAGCAGGGACAUUCCUGUCCAGAACCACAGAAGGUGAAGGUCCAAGUUUGCACCUGUGAGGAUGGAGUGCAGUGUGGAAAACGAGGCAGCAGUGGUCAGUCCAGCAAAGGGGUAGAGUUCGGACCUGCAGGCAUCGGACUGCUACUUCUGGGCCUGCUGCUCUUACUACUCAUUCCCCUGUUGCUGCUCUUCUGCCAGUGUGGGGGAGUUGCUGGUUUCCCAGGAAACUUUACUGAGAUGCCUUUCGACACCAAGUCACACCUCAUUAGCUACCACACUGAGGGCCAGGGAGAGAACACGGAGUUGCCACUACUGAACAUGCCCAUGCAACUUGAUGAAGAUACGGCCAAAGUGGGUAUGGGCAUGGCUAACAAAAUUUCAGCAAUGCCACCCAUGGGAGGUUUGGAUCUCCAGAAAUCCGUCAUAUCCAUCGAUGGGAUGAAUGGGGCUGUCUACCAAGAAAGCUUUUCAAAUGGCCAUAGAGAAGGGACAUGGAGGAUGAUGAACCAAAUGAUGGGCAGUGGCUUCUACUCAGAGGUUCAGGGCAGAGAGUCGGGAGUGGGUGGAGGAAUUUAUGAUGGCAUGGCUUUGCCACACCACUUCCUGCGACAGUACUACACUCAGAAGGUGGCCAGUGGAAAUGAGAACCUUGAAGUGAAGGACAGUCUUCUGGUUUAUGACUAUGAGGGCCAGGGUUCCCCUGCUGGCUCAGUGGGCUGCUGCAGCCUCCUGGAGUCUGACAACGACCUUCAGUUCCUUGAUGACCUCAGUCUAAAGUUCAAGACACUGGCCGAGGUGUGCGAAGGCAAGAAGAUCCAAACUGAAGUCAAAGAAGUGCUCACUCCUCUCCCCAGUUCCACCAUCAACACUCAGAGUUCAGUAUCAAGUGUGGCUACUACUCAACAGCUGCCCCCUCCACCCCAACUGCAGCCAACUGUACUCAGAUCAGAGCAGUCUGUGGUCAGGGAGACGUCAGAGCGAUCUCAGGCGGUGAAGGAAAACACAGCCACAUUGAGACAAGGGAUGACCACAGUGAAGGAAGGGAUGGCAAGUCAAGGUCAGGUGCUCCUGCUACAGCAGCAGCAGCAGCCUGUCUACCUCACUACCACCCCUAUGCUCCAGCCGAUGCAUUACGUAGUCCAGCCACAGGUUCAAAACACUCUGCUGCUGGCUGAGGCACCAGCGACCAACCUGCAGAGCAUGGUACUGGUUAAUGGCACCCAGACUGGACCUGCCCAAAGUAUGGUCAUUCAGGGGCAGCCAGUGAUGUCAAGUGGACAAGCCCAGGGCACAGCCAUGAUGCUGGUGGAGACGGGUGGUGUCCAGGGAGGAAGUUCCAACUUGAUCCAAACUACCAACCUCUCUGGUUCCCAGAAAAUGAUGGUAGUGGAGGGCAAGGUUCCUGCAGGAUCAAUGAAAGUGCUAAAGGGGAGCCAGACCUGUGUUGUACCAGGGGGAACUCUAAAGUCAGGAGGGCUCUCAGGAUCUCAGAGAGUCCUGGUUGUUGGAGGGCCAGUAAGCAGUGGAGGACAGCUGGUCCAGGAGACAAGAGAUCUGUCCCAGAAGAGUGAUAUCUCUGGAUCUCAAAGAGUCCUCUACAGCAAAAGCAGCACGUCUGCUGAGUCUCAGAGCAGCAUGGUGGGUUCAUCUACCACCACAGUAAACACAACCCCCUCCUACCGCAAGGUGGUGGUGCAGGAGACACGAGAAAUUCACUGAAGGACAGAUUGGUGGGACAGCAGACAACCUCUUCAGUGAUGCCAUUAAGACUUUUCUCUGGCCUGGUCCAAAUGGUGAUGGGAUGCUUGUGGGACUCAACUAAUACAAAGCAGUCAAUGGAGAGAGGGCACGUUUCCCAUACUCCUUCCUUAUGAUUUGACAAUAGAAUUUUUAAAUGAAAAAAGAAAGAAAAAAUUCCCAUCACAGCCUCCCUUCAAGCAGUGCACUUAUAAAUGUCAGGAGGAGAGGCAAUGUUACAUUACAGUACAUGGUCAUUACUUCAAAGAAAGGAAGGAAUAAAUAAACUGAAAACUGAAUGUCCAAAACUAUCCCAGCAGACCUAUUUAGUAACUUAACGCAGUCCCACAUCUCUGUUGCUGUGCAGUUAUCUAGAGCAAAGUUCUCCAGCACAGAUAUCUCCACACAUACAUAUGAUUACAUUUGUAUAUUUUCUAUAUAUGAAUAUUUUCUUUUUUAAAAUUUUUUAUGUUUUCACCACUGUUAAGACCCACUUAUAUCUUUAGUGGCACAGAAUGUCACACAAUCAUUUCAGUAUAAAAUCCGUAUAUUCUCAUAUUUUAUGUCGUUUUCAGUUCUAUUGUUUUGCAUUAUCUCUUCCACAUUUAUAUUCCUGCUGUGUGUUGGCACCAAUAUAACAGACAUGAAUACUUUGGAUUUGGUAGAUCAAUUUUGUGUCAGAUUAGGUUGCUACAUAUGGUUGGAGCGAGAAACGUCAGUGUCCGUUCUUGUAAUGAAAGAAAACUGGGUAGCUGACUGAGGUUUAUUCCUUUAAGUUUACAAAAUCUUCUGUUUGCUCUGUAAAUUGUUGGAUUGAAAAGAUACAGAAGAAAUAAUAGUGUACUUACUCAUAUCUGCUAUGUCACCACAGGAGCUUAUAUCACUAAAGAGCUUAUACAGUAUACAGCUUAUACAGUAUUAACCAAUCUCCAGAAAAAAAUGAGACACUUCAAAAAACUGCCGUCCCUCUAAUGGCCACUUGAGGCUGGCACCAGAAGUGACUCAUUCCCCAUCCCCCUUGUUAAAUUGAUCAACUUUACAGCAGAAAUAAACAUGUUUGCCACCUUCAUGA